CCACCACUACCGACAGCCCUUCUGCGAAACCUUUUCUUCUUGCUCUAUCCCGCCUUUGCCAGAUGGCCCACUCUUGCGCGAUAUGUUUGUCUCCAUAUGACAGCCUCGUUUCUACGCCCUGCGGGCACAUUUUCUGCCAGGCAUGCAUAUCGGAGUAUAUCCUCGUACGUUCUAAUGGCUUUAGCUCGUCCUGUCCUACUUGCAGAGAAAAUUUUCCGAUAGCAACUCCCGAGCUUGAACACCUACCUCGCUCUUUUCACCGAUUCAUAUUCCCUGGUAUACGCCGCGUCUUUCUCGACACCUCCCCAGAUCCAGAGAUCGACAACCUGAAGCAGGAAUUGAAGACCGCGAAAGAUCGUAUCAUACUAGAACAACAACAUCUCGAAGAACAGUCAAAAGUCUACUCGCUCGCUCUCUCGCAGCUCAGUGACCAAUUGGAAGCAGAGAAGAAACAAGGCGAAGAAUUUCGGGUCGCCUUCGCUGAAAUGACGUACCACAAAGACAAGUAUAUAAAGCUCAGGAAAGCGUUCGAUGACAUACUGUCGCACGUUACUUCCGGUGUCAAACGCCGUAGAUCUGAUAGCACCGGUAAUCUGGACGAUAAUCGCCACUCUGACCGACGCUCCUUACGCUCGCGGAUGACCAAGAACCUGGCACAAACAGAAGAAUAUCAGAGGUCGACUGUAACUGCUUCUACUGCUUCAAGACGUCGCCAAUCAAUCAGAACAUAAACGAAACGAUCAGCCUGUAGUGGUCUAGCCAGAAGACUUGUCGCUCCUUAGAAGAUCGUCCCCUCCGACUGCAUACCGUCCAUUUCCGCGGCAUACAAACACCUGUCAAAGACAUAAUUUAGAGCUACGCCUUUUUUCUUGUUGAAUCUUCUUAGAUUCUACCAUUAUAUACUAUCAUGUUGUUCGUGUUGUAUAAUGUAAUUGUCAUGCAAUUUAGGGAUCUACUUUUAGACGUGGG